AUGAUGCGCGUGGCGGAGCUGCAGCCGGCGCGCGACAGACCUGAGAUGCUGCUACUGCACGCGCUCCCGGUGAGUGCACUGCCUGCGGAGUGCGCGUGCGGCGGGUUCGACCAGAAAGACGAUCACCCGCAUUCACAUUUUCAUCAUCACCCACUUUAUCAGGACUCCCAUCACACGUUCGAAGCCAUGCAGCGCAGGCACACGACUCUGAGGGAAAAGGCUCGCAGGGGCCCAGCGUACAUGUUCAGUGAGCGAGAUACCAGUCUCACAGUCGAGGAGGAACGGUUUCUGGAUGCGGCUGAGUAUGGAAACAUUCCAGUCGUCCGAAAGAUGCUGGAAGAGUCUGAGACCCUUAAUGUAAACUGUAUGGACUACAUGGGCCAGAAUGCCCUGCAGCUUGCAGUAGCUAACGAGCACCUAGAGGUAACCGAGUUGCUACUCAAGAGAGAAGGACUGGCACGGGUGGGUGAUGCCCUGCUCCUGGCCAUCAGUAAAGGUUACGUGCGCAUCGUAGAGGCCAUCCUGGCACAUCCAGCUUUUGAAGGAGGCCUCCGCUUUGCCUCGACUGCCCUGGAGCAGGACCAGAAAGAUAAAAAUGAUGACUUCUUUGCCUAUGAUGAAGACGGGACACGUUUCUCCAGCGACGUGACACCCAUCAUCCUGGCUGCCCAGUGCCAAGAAUACGAGAUCAUACACACCCUGCUGGGUAAAGGUGCCCUCAUCGAGAAGCCUCAUGAUCACUUCUGCAAGUGCACUGAGUGUUCAGAGAAGCAGAAGCAGGACUCAUUCAGCCACUCACGAUCACGCAUGAAUGCUUACAAAGGUCUAGCAAGUGCCGCUUACCUCUCGCUGUCCAGUGAAGAUCCAGUUCUGAUGGCGCUGGAGUUGAGCAACGAGCUUGCCCAACUCGCAAAUGUCGAAACUGAAUUUAAGAACGACUACAGAAAGCUUUCCAUGCAGUGUAAGGACUUUGUGGUAGGGGUGCUGGAUCUGUGUCGAAACACAGAGGAAGUUGAGGCCAUUCUGAAUGGUGACGUGGACCAAAACCCUCUAAGUGACCACAACAGACCCUGCCUCAGCCGUGUUAAACUGGCCAUCAAAUACGAGGUCAAAAAGUUUGUGGCUCAUCCGAAUUGCCAGCAGCAGCUGUUGACGCUGUGGUAUGAGGAUCUAUCAAGAUUGAGGCAGCAGUCUAUUGGAGUUAAGUGUUUAACAGUGCUGGGUGUGAUGGUGGGUCUACCCUUCCUGUCUAUUGCAUACUGGAUCAUGCCAUUCAGCAAGCUGGGUCAGGUUCUUCGGAGUCCAUUCAUGAAGUUUGUUGCCCAUGCAGUCUCCUUCACCCUUUUCUUGAUUUUGCUGGUGCUUAAUGCCUCAGAUCGCUUCUUAGGAGUCAAAAACCUGCCAAAUGAAACAAUCACUGAUCACCCUCGCCAAGUCUUCAGGGUCAAAACCACCCAGUUCUCAUGGACCGAGAUGCUGAUUAUGAAAUGGGUGCUUGGAAUGAUCUGGUCUGAGUGUAAAAAGAUUUGGAAAGAUGGGUUACAUGAAUAUGUAAUGCACCUCUGGAACAUCCUUGAUUUUGGUAUGCUGUCCAUCUUUGUGGCAUCAUUCAUGGCUCGUCUCAUGGCAUUUCUACAAGCCUCUCAUGCACAGCUGUAUGUAGACCUUCAUGUGACCAGCUCGGACCUGAAUAAUGCUUCACUGCCUGCGGAGGUGGCAUACUUCACUUACGCAAGGAACCGAUGGCUUCCCUCCGACCCCCAGCUCAUCUCUGAGGGUCUCUACUCUAUUGCUAUAGUCCUGAGUUUCUCCAGAAUUGCCUACAUCCUGCCAGCAAAUGAGAGUUUUGGACCAUUACAGAUUUCUCUGGGUCGCACUGUGAAGGACAUUUUUAAGUUCAUGGUCAUAUUCAUCAUGGUUUUCCUCGCCUUCAUGAUCGGCAUGUUCAAUCUGUACUCGUACUACCUGGGUGCCAAGUAUAAUGCUGCAUUCACCACAGUGGAAGAAAGCUUCAAGACCUUGUUCUGGUCCAUCUUUGGUUUGAGCGAAGUGAUCUCUGUGGUAUUAAAGUACGAUCAUAAGUUCAUAGAGAACAUUGGAUACGUCCUGUACGGCGUCUAUAAUGUUACAAUGGUGAUUGUCCUGCUCAACAUGCUGAUUGCCAUGAUGAACCAUUCCUACCAGGAGAUUGAGGAAGAUGCAGAUGUUGAGUGGAAGUUUGCCCGUGCUAAGCUCUGGCUCUCCUACUUUGAUGAAGGCAGGACUUUGCCUCCUCCCUUUAAUCUUGUUCCCAGCCCCAAAUCCUUCUAUUACAUGGUGCUACGUACCAGAUCUUGCCUUGUCAGGCUAUGCAAAGCCAAAAGUCGUCAUGGUAGUCAGCAAGACACAGACAUCUCAAACUUUCAGUCAAAGCUCCAUAGGUAUCGACCUUGCCGGACCAAUGAUGUGUACACAGUGAGAAAUCAUUUCAAACAUCCAACCAGAUACCAGAAGCUGAUGAAGCGCCUCAUCAAGAGAUACGUUCUGAAGGCCCAGGCUGACAGUGAAAACGAUGAGGUCAAUGAGGGUGAGCUAAAGGAGAUAAAGCAGGACAUCUCCAGCCUACGGUAUGAGCUUUUGGAGGAAAAAUCUCAGGUUACAGCAGAACUGGAGGAUCUUAUCCAGCAACUAGGAGACAGACUAAGUAAACUACCCAAGAAAUAA